AAAUCGCCGACACCACCAGUUGCAAUCGGACCCCUCACAAGAACAUACCAGAACAUCUAAUCCUUACCAAGUUACAUUUCAUGGGUUUUAAGUGACCAAGCAACUUGGAGGAAUCUUUAAGAGAUACAAAUGUUGCUAAUGAAGACGAAGUUGUUCUUAGGGUUACUUGUAUUGUACUGGUUUCUUGCUUCACCGGCAGAAGCAAGACGUGGACGCGCCAGGGGCAGAACUAAAUCAAAGGUGCAAAUUGGUUUACCAAUCACUGGAAAAUACAGAGAUCCAGAAUCAGAUCAGUAUUACAACAGCAAUGAUGGAGCAAAGAUUUUGCUCGCAUCGCAUUUCGAUCUUGAAUACGUAUUGGGACAUAAAAUUGCAUUUUUGUGCAUAGCUAAAGGAUCUCCUCGUCCGCAUAUUACGUGGUUUAAGGAUGGAGUUGAAAUAUUUGCUCACCACUACUUGCACAUCCACGAAUGGCCAAUUGGAGAAGAUCGGGUGAAGUCCAAAAUUGAAAUUGAUCCGGCGACACAAAUGGACGCUGGCGUGUACGAAUGUACAGCCGACAACAUGUACUCUAUCGACCGACGUUCUUUCAAAACGGACUUUUCCAUCGCCUUCGACUGAGGAAGAUGGCAGUUUUUAAAAUUCAAAGACAAUAUUUUGUCUGAUUUUUUUAAGAUUCUGAUUAGUAAUGAACAUCAAAUUUUUAUUUGUUUAAUAUUAUACUAAUCAUGUUGAUGGUAUAUUUUAUGAAUUACAUAAAUAUGUUUGAGUUACAUAUA